ACCCUUUGGCUGACGCUCACACAGUCGCCAUGGAUCUGCAUAAGCAGUGGGAGAACACAGAGACCAACUGGCAUAAGGAGAAGAUGGAACUGCUGGACCAGUUUGAUAAUGAAAGAAAAGAAUGGGAAAGUCAGUGGAAGGUCAUGCAGAAGAAGAUCGAAGAGCUUUGCCAGGAAGUAAAGCUGAGGAGGAAAAUGAACAUGAAUGAACAUUCUAAGGUCAUUGAUCUUGACCAUGAUCAAGAUAAGAUGGCAUUUCCUCCAACUCACCCCCAUUCAAGACAAUGUGAAUUCAGAGUGACGAAUCACCGAGAUGAUCUGGAAAAGGAAAGCAAAGAAGAGAGGGACUUCCUCAGGGAAGGAAAUCAAUUGUAUGAAAAACAAAAUAGACCCACUGAAAGCAAAGGCAGCCUUCUGAAUCCUAUGGCCACAGAAGAGAAGGCAUGCGAGAAAUGGGCUGGCGCGAGGUCUUCUAAAGAGGAGAGCAAAGAUUGUUCUGUUGCCCUUAACACAGCUCUUGAAGAACUUGCGAAAGUUAGUGAAGAAUUAUGCACCUUUCAAGAGGAAAUCCGAAAACGCUCAAACCACAGAAGGAUGAAGUCAGAUUCUGUUCUUCAGGAAAUGCCAAAUACAAUCAGUGUACCUCAGAGGAAGCACAUGAUCAGUAAUGGCCAGGGUAUUCUUCCAACCAAUGUGGAGAAAGAAAAACAGAAAAAGAGUCUGAGCUGUGCUAGUGGACUCCAAAACAAUUCCAUGAAAAAUGGUGGAAUUGGUAAAAUUGAUUCACAAAGAAGUGAAACUCCACCAAUUCCUCCUCCGAGAAGUACCUCUCGAAAUUUCCCGAGCUCAUAUUCUGAACAAGCCCAAGAAAGACUGAAGGAAACUUUAUACCACAGGUGGGUGGUCCAUGAGAGUCAAGACAGAAGGAAUAGCAAUCUUCACUUCCUUUUGAGGCAGUCUCCAUUGUUUCCACAAGACAGAAGUUUAAAAGACAGUUCCAUGCUUUCCUCUUUGUCACCAGAAGUCAAAACAGAUAGCAAGCCUCCGGGUAAUAAAGACAUUGGACUUAAUAUGUGGUCAUGUGACACUGUAAUAGGAACAACGGAGCACCCUUCUGUGCAGUCUCAAAAAACUGCUUUUACCCCUAAUAAUGCGAAAUUUGAAACGGUGAUUCCAGAUAACCCUACUAAAUCUCAUCUUGAUCUUCAUGUGAAAAAUGACUUUCUUUCCUCAGUGACACAGACAGACCCACUUAGAAGUUACAACUGCAAUUUUGAACAGACUCGGAGGAAUGAAAAGCUGGCAGCAAAGAUUGAUGAAUUUAACAGAACUGUGUUUAGAACAGACAGACAUCGUCCAGCAAUAGAGCAAGGCCAAAGCGAUUCAGAAUCACCUGAUAAUCUCAAUCUCUGUGAUAUUUCUGCUGCUCAUAGCGGUGAUGUGUCAGAAAGUGGUAGUGGGACUAGUGGCUUUAAAGCCAGUGACCACAUGUCUGUCCCCACGGAAAAUGUGUUCAGUAAUUCUGCAAAAGUCUCUCCAACAGGCAUGGUCAAGCAAAUGCAGGCAUGUGUGAGCGCCAGCAGCUAUCAGCUCAUGUUCCAUGAGCAUGAUUGGAGACCGAGCAAUUUUUCUAGUCGGCCAAGGUCAGCUGAUCCCAGAUCAAAUUACGGUGUUGUGGAAAAGCUGCUGAAAACCUAUGAGACAGAGACGGGGUCUGCACAGCAAAAUUCAAAAUGCUUCAGGGAUAACUGGCCCAAAUGUGGUUCUGAUGAAUCCAUAGCAGUGAGAGCCUCGAAUGGAAAAGGAUUUUCCCGGCCUGCUAGACCAGCCAAUCGCCGGCUCCCAUCCAGAUGGGCAUCCAGAUCGCCAUCCGCACCCCCAGCCUUACGGAGGACUGCCCACAGCUAUAAAGUCUCUCUGCAAACCGAAGCCCAGAUGGUCUAGAUCUCUAGCCUGGCUUGCUGGAUUACAAAAGUUCUCAUCCCUUUUGCCAAAUGGAAUAUUCAGAAUGUUUACAAACAAUCCUGUUCUCUUCUGCAUCUUUCAAGAUCACUGGGACAAACAAACUAAACCUUAACUUUCCAUCAGUCUUCAGUGUUUUUAAUCAAUGGGAUAAUUAUCUCCUUGUACUUUAAUUUCUUAGAUUAGAUUUUUUUUAUUUCCAUCCUCAUUGACUUUCCAAAAUGAUUUAAGUUGACACAAUGUACAAUAAUUGUAUAUUCUGACUUUCUUGCAAAUGCAGAAAACAAGGUUAUGUGCAUGGCCAUGUGUUUGUAGGUGCAUGUAUUGUCAUAGGAAUGUAUUUAGGUAAAAAAUUAUGUGCUAGUGUUGACUUUAAAUUAUAACAUGUAGACCUAUAUAUUCUUUGUGUUUAUUUUAAAGUUUUGAAAAUAUACAAUCCUAUUUAUAUUUUGCAUACCUUUUAAUAGGUAUCUAACUAAGGCAUUUAUGUUCAUAUAUUAUUUAACCACUUCCUUGGCCACCAACUACAAUGAAAAGUAAGAUUUAUACACAGAUCAAAUAUUAGUGGUUUUCCAGAAAUCAAUCUUAAAUAUCAUUUUAACCCAUAUGAAGAUAACUGAUACUAUUGAUUUCUUGUUUUAAUAAAAGCAUCACAGGUUUAACAGGUCAGUCUUCUAAAGCAAGCAUAAGAUGCUCAUUUGUGCUUUUAUAUAUCAUCUGGUAGUCUCACAUGGCUUUAACUGCAUACUUGAUUCUCAGAGCCAAUAUCAUAAGACUGCCUUAAUAAUUACAAGACAAAGUAAUGAAUUUAUUUUGUUGAUCUUAGCAGCAAGCAUUCCUUAAAUGAGAUACAAAAAGGAAUUAAAUUGUGCUGAAUUUUA